CUUCUCAGAAUGGGGCUGCUCCCUCCCACCUCGAGGCCUGGGGGGGUCUCUCCGGAAACACCCCGUGCCGCCUCCUUCAUUCUGGAUCCUCACCCAGGAGGAGCCCAUGGACAAGGCGUGCUGCCUGAGCCUGAGCUAGGACCACCUCCCCCGGACCGCCCGGACCCCCUCCGACCCGAUCCUGCUGCUGGCGAGUCUGGGCGUCCGCAAGCACCAGAAGGAGGAAGCUAUCAGCCAGGCAUAACCGAGAACGCCGUCACCAUGACAACCAGUCACCAGCCUCAGGACAGGUACAGAGCCGUCUGGCUCAUCUUCUUCAUGCUGGGGCUGGGGACGCUGCUGCCCUGGAAUUUUUUCAUGACAGCCACUGCGUAUUUCACAAACCGCCUGGACAUGUCACAGAAUGUGUCCUUGGGCCCUGCUGAAUUGAGCAAGGACGUCGAGCUCUUGGCCACCUCCACCGCACCUUUGGCCACCUCCACCACACCCUCGCCAGAGCGGAACUAUCUCAGCGCCAUCUUCAACAACGUCAUGACCUUGUGUGCCAUGCUGCCCCUGCUGCUGUUCACCUGCCUCAACUCCUUCCUGCAUCAGAGGAUCCCCCAGUCUGUUCGGAUUCUGGGCAGCCUGGUGGCCAUCCUGCUGGUGUUCCUGAUCACUGCCAUCCUGGUGAAAGUGUCCCUGGACCCUCUGCCCUUCUUUGUCAUCACCAUGAUCAAGAUCAUGCUCAUUAACUCGUUCGGUGCCAUCCUGCAGGGCAGCCUGUUUGGCCUGGCCGGCCUCCUGCCCGCCAGCUACACAGCCCCCAUCAUGAGUGGCCAGGGCCUGGCAGGCUUCUUCGCCUCCGUGGCAAUGAUCUGCGCCAUCGCCAGUGGCUCGGAGCUUUCGGAAAGUGCCUUCGGCUAUUUUAUCACAGCCUGUGGGGUUAUUAUUUUGACCAUCAUCUGUUAUCUGGGCCUGCCGCGGCUGGAAUUUUACCGCUACUACCAACAACUCAAGCUUGAAGGGCCUGGGGAGCAGGAGACCAAGCUGGACCUCAUUACUAAAGAUCCUUCUACAACCUGUCCCCCACCAGGAGAGGAGUCAAAAGCAGGCCAAGAGGAGCUCGGAGUUUCUGCCUCCAACUCUCAGCCCAGCAACAAAAGCCACUCUGUCCGUGCCAUCCUCAGAAGUAUCUUAGUCCCGGCUCUCUCCGUCUGCUUCGUCUUCACGGUCACCAUUGGGGUGUUUCCUGCCGUGGCUGCCGAGGUCAAGUCCAGCAUUGCGGACACCACCAGCCCCUGGAAUGACUACUUCAUUCCUGUGUCCUGUUUCUUGACUUUCAACAUCUUUGACUGGCUGGGCCGGAGCCUCACAGCCGUCACCAUGUGGCCUGGGAAGGACAGCCUCUGGCUGCCGAUCCUGGUCCUGGCCCGACUGGCCUUCGUGCCUCUGCUGCUGCUGUGUAACGUCCAGCCCCGCCACUACUUGCCCAUGGUCUUUGACCACGACGCCUUGUACAUCUUCUUCAUGGCCGCCUUCGCCUUCUCCAACGGCUACCUCGCCAGUCUCUGCAUGUGCUUCGGGCCCAAGAAGGUGACGCCGGCCGAGGCAGAGACCGCUGGAGCCAUCAUGGCCUUCUUUCUGUCUCUGGGCUUGGCGCUGGGGGCCGUCUUCUCCUUCCUGUUCCGGGCGAUCGUGUGACCAUGGGUGGAUGGAAGGACGGCCGGCAAGGACAGCACCGGCCACCAGCUCCCACCCGCUUCUUCAGGGAUAGGCAGGGGUCAUCCGGAGGUUUCCCUUCCAGCUGUCUCCUGCUGCUUUCACACGGCCUGUGCUGGGCCUGGCACCCAGGUCCGGAGGAGUGAACCUCUGGAUGGAUGGUGGGGACAUGGUGGGCCUGAGGGCCAGAGUCGAGGGAGGGGACAACCUCUGCAUCUGCUUAAGUACCCCCAACACACACACACACACACACACACACACACACACACACACACGGCUCAUGGUGGGCCUGAGGGCCAGAGUCGAGGGAGGGGACAGCCUCUGCAUCUGCUUAAGUACCCCCAACACACACACACUGCUCUGACUGACCCCUCCCUGAGCAGAGUGGCAGAGGCUCUGAGCCUUGCUCUGAGCCUUGGGGGGGAUGUGUCUGUGUGUCUAUCUGCCUGUACGGGGGUGGCCAGGGGCCAGGACUCGUUGUUCUAAAGUCCGAUCUGAUAUUUCCAUCCGGCUUCUGGCCUCUUCCCCCUUCCUCUUCGUGUUCCUACCCAUCAUGAACCCUGUACAGUUGCCAUUUAUUUUGCUGCCUUUAUAUAUAUAUAUGUAUAUGUGUAUAUAUAUAUAUAUAUAUACACACACACACAUACUCAAAACAGGUGCCUUCAGAGGCUCUCUGAUUAAAUAAACUUUUUUUUUUUACUCUC